CCUCUUUUUGCUGGCGUUCACAUCGAGCUCUCUAGACUCGCCCUCGAGGCACACUUCGGAUAAGUGUCUAGUAUGGUGGGUUGACGAUCCGAAUCACACCCGGUCCAGUUCCCACUGUUGGAAGAGACUUCGCAAUCCGGGGUUCUGAGCAAUGAUUUCUUGGCCCUGCCCCCAACCCGCCGUUGGGUUCAUCAAUUCUAUCGGAGAGGAAAACACAACCACUUUCCUUUCCGGACGGUUAACGGACCGGGGAUUGAAGAGUGGUGGGAGGGUCCGGUCUUUGCCACAAGGGGAAGGGAGGGGGGAGACUCGCAAUCUAGACGGUUAUAUAAGAGACCCGAUUUCCCGCGACUUUUUCACAUCCUCACCAUCACAUCAAUCAAGCCUCUAUCUACUUCAUUACGAACAGAGUAGAUCGCUUUGUUUUGCUCCUUUGACAACACUUUCUCCCACUUCCCACCCCCCACAAAGCUUAUCUUGCCCAAUCCACCACAUUUGUUCUUCACGGACAAACCUCCAAACACAAAACUUCAAUAUGUGCUCCGUCUAUUUUAUCAAGUAUGACUGUGGCUGUGUGGUCCAGGAGGGCGACGUGGUCUACUGUGCUCGCCGGGGAACCACCUGCUGCAGCGUGAGACGUCAGGUUCGGCGGCGAGAGGGAUACAACUGCCCUAGUCAUGGAGGCUAGAUCGCUUCCUGCCAUACUACGAGGAGCAGCCCAACUCGGUCUUUCCGGGCUGUUUGACAAGGCCGCUAUUAAAACAAGAGAGAGAGAGAGAGAGCCCUUGGAAUAUUUUUGUCAAUAGCUGUCUU